GCGGGUCAUGUUUGAUGCCAACAGUUCUUGUCCAACUCUCAUUCCCACCAAGCCUGUCAAUGUGCUUCGCCAACUGACUCACGCUGUUUCCUGUUCCCGGCAAUUUUGAUCACUUAAAGCAUUUUCGUUGCAGCAGACUCUCCUUUAGCAUCGAGCUUCCCUUACCCGAAACAGCUAAGGUUUGAUUAGGUACUUCGUACGGAGUACAUACGGCUAGCUUGGUUGGAGGGUUGAGCAGGCACCGACGACCCGCGACUGCACUGCGACUGCAAUCGCAACUGCAACUGCACUUUCAGACUCUGUCCGCCAGAUUACUGCCCGUCAUCAGACACAUUUCUUCCUGAAACUGGAAGUGCCCCGUCGCCUCGAAGCUAGCGCACCUGCUGCCGCUCCGAAGGCCGUGCAUCUGAUCGAUCCUUCGCCGAGGCCCAUACGCCUUCAGAUUCCCCGCCUUGCCUUACGGCCAUGACGGAGACUGCAGCCCAAGCGCAUGAUAGGACAGGCCGGUUAGGCCGCCGACGGCCCUUUUCAACCUUGAUGAAGAAGCUUGCGAACUUGAAAGCUACGUCAUCCGGAGACGGAAGCCGUCAUAUUGGUUCGAAACGCGAUGCCGGCAAGAAACGACAGACACAAAACAACCCGUACCCUCAGUCCGGUGCCGUCGGCGUUGGUUUCUCAUCGCGUGGCAGCCAUCACUCAACAUCGUCGGUCCCGAGCCCAAGGCUAGGCAGCGUCACGUCGUUGGAGCAAGAAGAGUCGGUUCGGUUAUCCGUCGAUGAGCGGCCGCCCCCGACGACCGGGGGCCGCUCAAUAGCUCCAACAGUUUCGACCGAAAACGAGACGUUACGCUCGACAACAACCCCUUCGCACGGUACGUCCUCCGUCGCUGGUACUAGCCGCACCGCCAAUGGCCCCAGAGGCGGUGACAGCACCUUCUCGUCCCCGGCCCCAUCAGUCCGCUCGCUCACGACAACGCUUACCACAAUUCAAACGGUAGCACCAAAUGGGGCCGGCGCGGGGACGCAGAAUCCGACGUCCGUGAACUACACCAGCAAUCACCACUCGCACCAAUCCCAGUCCAGCUCCCAAGCAAUCCAUUUCAACCAGCCCUUCCCAACAACCACAUCCCCCGCCCCGGCAGUACCCCCGCAUUUGCUUCCAUCGGGCAGCACGCUAGGACAUCCCACGACGUAUGCCGCGGCGACAGCCAACAAUCUGCUGACGGACAACGCGUCGAUCCUGACGCUCGCGUCGUCGUCGAAACGCCGGCGGCGGCGCUCCUUCGACACGGACGCCUCGGUCCGGGCUCUCGCGCCGUCCUCGCUCUGGGGCGGCAGCCGCGAGUCUUUACCGUUGAGCGUCCUCUCGGCGACCAUGACUGUUGACGGCGGGCCGGCCACCCCGGGCCUGCACCGCGGCGCGUCCGGCGUCGGCGCGGGGGAGCGGACGAGCAUCUACUCGGGCACGGGCAUCUUCCCUACUGCAGGUGCAAGCGAGAGGAAUAGUCUCUAUGCGGGCGGAACUAAGCAGGGACUGGCAAGCGGAGAUGCCGGCAGUGUGAGGAGCGGCCUGUACGGGCAUGGACGGGCGGAUAGUGUGAACGGGAGUGUUGGUGGCUUGGCUGUGGCUGGGGCUUCUAACGCUGCGAGUCCCAGGGAGAGGGAAAUGGAGAAAGGGGUUGAGGAGGGUGAUGAGGAUGACGGCGGGGAUUAGAAGGUUUGAGCUGGUUAUGAGUUGGCUUCUUGUUCUGCUUUGUUAUUCUUUCAUCUCUUGGGCGGGGUAUGAGAAACGAGGACUCGGGUCAACGGUAUGGCGCUUGAUGGUUCAUUGCUGCAGUGGUUUGGUCUCGCGUUUUCUUUUCUUUUUUGUCUCCUUAGGAACGUGAUACCUAUCAGUCACAAGAAAUCAAGAGCAGCUAUGUUCGCGCAUGCAACCACCGAGCGGCCUUAGCUUACCCACAGGCUACUGAU